AUGUGGUGGCGUCGAGUGCGUCGUUCGGGCGAGCCUUAUGCGAGGGCAAGUGCGAGGACCACCGGCAGUGUUACAUAUCCAAGAAAUGUGUCAAUCCUAUCCCAUGAGUCAAUCCGGAUCCAGGGUUCUCAUUGCACAUUCGCGCAGCGUGUGAGGGUGCGCGCGCGCACUCCGCCUGAAUCAUGCACUGUGAGAAUUUGUAGCUUAUCGGUGAGAAUUGAGAUGCCACAGCGUCGUGGC